CGGACCGAGCAUGUCCAAUCAAGUGGACGAAGUAGAUUACAUGGCGGAGGAGAGAGAGGCCGAUGACUUUAUCGAUGAAAUGGAUGAAGAAAACAAUGGUGGAGCUGGUGGCAACAUUCCUGAUGCAUAUGACAUGCUCACUAAGAUCACGGAUACAUCUGCCGUGCAAGCAAGAAACGGGAAAGACAUCCAGGGUAUUCCGUGGGAGAGACUGAACAUAACCAGAGACAAGUACAGGUUAACAAGGAUUCAACAGUACAAAAAUUACGUGAAUGUACCGGAACCUGCAAUUAUUGCAGAUAAGGAGUACAAACAAGUGGAGAAGGGCGCCAAUUACUAUGAUUUCUUUUACAACACGAGAGUAGUUAAGCCUACAAUACUUCAUUUUCAGCUCAGAAACUUAGUGUGGGCUACUUCGAAACAUGAUGUUUAUCUGAUGUCGAACUACUCGGUCAUGCAUUGGUCUUCAUUGACUCUCAAUUUGAAGGAGAUUCUCAAUUUCGCUGGACAUGUACAACCUACCGAGAAACAUGCAGGAACUCUGCUGGAAGGCUUUACGCAGACACAGAUCAGUACUUUGGUAGUCAAGGAUAAUUUCCUUGUAGCAGGUGGCUUCCAGGGAGAGAUUUUCUGUAAGAGCUUGGACAGAAAAGGAGUGAGCUUCUGUGCAAGGACCACAGAUGAUGAUAAUGCAAUAACAAACGCCAUUGAAAUUUAUGACAGCCUGAGCAGGGGUGGGAUGCAUUUUAUGGCAGCCAAUAAUGACUGUAGCAUAAGAGAAUAUGAUAUGGAGAGAUUUCAAGUUGUCAAUCACUUGUGGUAUCCAUGGCCCGUAAAUCAUACAUCAAUCAGCCCGGACCGUAGAUUGACUGUGGUUGUCGGCGAUCAUGUAGAUGGGUUGCUGGUGGACGCACAAAAUGGAAAGAGCAUCGCUAAAUUAACUGGCCAUCAAGAUUACUCCUUCACUUCAGCAUGGCACCCGGACGGACGGGUUUUCGCCACGGGGAAUCAGGACAAGACUUGCCGAGUAUGGGACAUAAGAAACCUGAAAUCACCGAUCGCCAGUCUCAAGGGUAACCUCGGAGCCAUCCGAUCGAUCAAAUUCUCAUCUGACGGUCAAUUCAUGGUGAUGGCUGAGCCAGCGGACUUUGUGCACGUGUACAGUACAAAAGCAGACUACAACAAGAGACAAGAGAUCGACUUUUUCGGGGAGAUCUCGGGCGUUUCCUUGAGCCCAGAUGAUGAGUCGCUGUACAUCGGUAUCUGGGAUCGGACUUAUGCGAGCCUGCUUCAGUAUAAUAGACGGCACACCUACAGAUACCUCGACUGCUUUCGAUAACUUGCAUGUUAAUUCGGACUGACUGGAUUUACACCCAUGCAUUUUUCUUUUUGGUUGAGCUCUAGUUCCUAACGAUCCGAUACGGUAGGAUGAGUAAUUUCAAAGCGCGAAUGCGGAAAAAUGUAAAUGAAUGUUAAUGAUUGCUUGAGAGUAAUCUUUUCCAUGGUGAA